AUGGAGCGUCAACCCUUGAUGACAGUCUCCAAGGAGCAGCAAAGAGUGUUGCAUUCGGAGGGAGGAGAGCAGGGUGCAGCGCAGGGUAUUUCUGUUCCCUGCGUUGCGUAUGUGUCCACAAGACCAAGCGGACUGACUGACCUGGACCUUAAUGUUCAUGGUGUUUGUAUUUGGACAGUCUGCAUGCGGACGCAUGCCUGGCAUCGCCUGAUCUCGCCUGGCGCUUUUCCCUCUGGGGAAAAGGGUUGUAUUUUGUCCGUUCUUGACAAGUGCAGUGAAACGAUUGUUGGCAAAGCGGUUGGUAGGAUGGCCGCCCUGUCUUGCGGGCCUGCUGAUGGUACAUGUUGUGACGAGUAUGUCCAGAGUUGA